AUGGGGGACCCUGUGAGAUACGCGUCGAGUCCUACCAAAAUUUCCGACGGGGAGAUGUUAAGUGAGGCAUCCCCGACCGCCGAGGCCGGUGAGCUCAAACGCGAUCUGAGCUCUCGCCACAUUAAUAUGAUUGCUCUCGCCGGCAUGAUCGGAACUGGCCUUUUCCUCAGCUCUGGGCAGGUGAUUGCGACUGCUGGUCCGGUCGGUGCCAUUCUCGCCUAUCUCCUCAUGGGUUGCGCAACCGCAGGAGUCUCCUUCACCACUGGAGAGUUGUCAGCCUUCAUGCCUCACACUGGCGGCUUCAUCAGACACGCAAGUAAAUUGGUAGAGCCGGCAUUGGGCGCCGCAACUGGCUGGAACUUCUGGUACACGAUGGCAAUCUCAGCCCCGGCCGAAAUCAGUGCUGCUGCAACCCUAAUACAAUUUUGGAAUACUGACAUUAACCCUGGAGUAUGGAUUACCGUUUUCCUGGUGGUAAUUAUUGUACUCAACUUUUGUGGCGUCCGCCUGUAUGGGGAGUCGGAAGUAGUUUUCGCUUCCCUCAAAAUCAUGCUGAUCAUUGGCCUCAUUAUUGGAGGGCUCGUAAUUGAUCUAGGUGGCGCCCCCAACCACGACCGAUUGGGAUUUCGUUACUGGAUUCAUCCCGGAGCUUUUAAUACCUUUCUUAAGACUGGAUCAGCGGGUCAAUUUCUGGCUUUCUGGAAGGCCAUGCUCCCAGCUGCGUUCAGCUUUGGAAACAUUCAGAUUGUAGCCAUCUCAGGUUCGGAGACGCGCAACCCCAGAAAAGUCAUCCCAGCUGCCACAAAGACGACAUUCUACAGAGUGCUCAUCUUUUAUGUCUGCAGCAUCUUUAUCGUUGGCUUGAUAGUACCAUAUGACGAUACAGCUCUCAGCCUCUCGACCGGAACAGCUACGCAGUCACCUUUUGUCAUUGCCUUUGAGCGAUCCGGAGUGUCGGUAGUUCCUUCCAUCAUCAAUGCCGUUGUUUGUACCUCAGCAUUCAGUAGCGGCUCCGCCUGUAUCUUCAUUGCCUCGCGAACGUUAUAUGGUCUGAGCUGUGAUGGCCAUGCCCCCAAGUUCUUCCAGCGUUGUAAUCGCUGGGGCACACCGCACUAUGCAGUUGGAACGACCUGCGCGAUUCUACCCCUGGUCUAUCUGAAUGUCACAAAUAACACAGCAGUUGUCUUUGGCUGGUUCGUGAAUAUUACCACGAUCGCAGGACUGAUCGGUUGGAUCGUCAUCGAGUUGACUUUCCUCCGGUUUCACGCGGGGCUGAAGCGCCAAGGCUACUCACGAGACGACCUACCUUACAAGAGUCCGCUCCAGCCCUACGUGGCAUGGGUUACAUUGGUUAUCGUGUCCCUAGUGGUACUAUUCUCAGGAUUCGACGUUUUUGUUCAAGGCAAGUUCACGGUAGCGGGACUUUUAACGUAUUAUCUCAAUCUCGUCAUAUUUGCAGAGAUGGAUCUUCAGCAAGAAUUCAUCAUGAUCCAGGAAGAGAAGCGGGUGCUCGGACAAGUCUAG